AUGGGCAUAGAGACCUCUCCACCAGAUGUCGAGGAAUCGACAGAGCCACCAAGUCGUUCUUCUAUUCAUGAAGGGCACCAGCAGCACUCGGGAUCAGCCCUAAAUCAAUCGGCGUCCACCAACCGCCGUCUCGACGAAAUAGAAAAAGUCUCGAAGAGUCCAGGCACUGCCCUUUCCGUUAACUUCACAGCCACCUCGACCCUUGACGAGCUCCAAAAAUGUCAAGAAAUUUGUGAACACGCCUACUCUUACCCCGUUUCGGAAGUUUCCCGUGCUCUAGGGGUUGAUUUACAGCAUGGACUCAGUUGUACCGAAGCAGCAUCUCGCCUUGAGCGGGAUGGACCUAACAAAGUUAAGGGAGCAGAGGGGGUUUCCCUGUGGAAAAUUCUGUUAAGACAGGUGUCCAACAGUCUGACUUUAGUCCUCGUUAUAACCAUGGCAUUAUCUUUUGGGAUCAAUGACUAUAUAGAAGGAGCUGUUAUAACCGCUGUUAUCCUUCUCAAUAUUGUUGUUGGUUUCGUCCAAGAUUACCGUGCGGAAAAGACUAUCCUUUCGCUACAGGCCCUCUCUGCCCCAGUAUCUAAAGUCGUUCGCGACGGCCGAAUUGAAUCCGUGAAGGCUGAGACCCUCGUAGUUGGGGAUGUCGUCCAACUUGCAGUUGGAGACAUGAUUCCUGCAGAUUUGAGACUGUUUGACGGUAUGAAUGCCUCGACCGAUGAAGCCCUCCUCACGGGCGAAUCGUUGCCCGUUUCCAAAAACCACCAUCUUGUUUUCCCCUCUCGUGAAAUGGCAGUAGGGGAUCGGACGAACAUGGCCUAUUCUGGAAGUACAAUGACUCAGGGUCGUGCGGCUGGGAUUGUGAUCGCAACCGCAAUGGAUACCGAGGUAGGUAAGAUUGCGCAGCUUCUACGCCAGCAAGGGCCAAAAGUUGUUGCGGGCUCAAACGUGGUCCGGCGAACGUUGAAUAGAGUGAAGAGCACCCUGGUCCACAUCUUGGGUUUGGUGGGAACGCCACUCCAGGUCAAGCUCAGCAAAUUCGCGCUGAUCCUCUUUGCGCUUGCUAUCAUGUUGGCAAUCAUCGUUUUUUCCGCCAAUGAAUGGGAUGUGCAUGGGGAAGUUUUGAUAUACGGUAUUUGUGUUGCCGUUGCCGUCAUCCCCGAGUCACUUAUUGCAGUCCUCACUAUAACUGUUGCUGUUGGUACAAAGGCGAUGGCCAAGGGCAACGUGGUAGUUAGAAAACUCCAGGCACUUGAGGCUGUGGGUGGAGUCACAAAUAUUUGCUCAGACAAGACCGGUACACUUACUCAAGGCCGAAUGAUUGCGCGGAAAGCGUGGGUUCCAGACGCUGGAACCCUGACAGUACACGAUACGACAAACCCGUUUGAUCCUCGAAGUGGAUUUGUUCAGAUGGACGGCACAAAUAUUGAUACCGACCAUGUUGGUAGCAAUUCUAACUUUAGCACAUUUCUCAAGGCUAUAGCUCUUUGCAAUUUGUCAUCCGUCUAUAAUUCCAAUGACAAAGCUUCCAUUGAUAACCAGUCGGUGACGGAUGCCGGAGAUAACUGGACUGCUGUGGGAGAGCCCACGGAAAUUGCCCUCCACGUUCUUGCUCUCCGGUUCAACUCCGGAAAGCUGGCUCUGCUUCAAGGCCAGCAGCGAAAACAACUGGCGGAGUUUCCUUUCGACUCAGCAAUCAAACGAAUGACCGUCGUUUAUCAAGAUUCCAAGUGCAAGUUUGCUGAAGCUUUUGCUAAGGGCGCUGCAGAGUCAAUGUUGCCAUUACUCAGGGCUUCAGAUGAGAAGAAGGCGGAAAUUCGCUACACUGUGGAUAGUAUGGCCGGAGAAGGUCUUCGGGUCCUGUGUGUAGCGCACAAGAUUAUUCCCGAAACCGAAUUCGGCCAACUAUCCCUACGGCAAUCUACCGAACAGGAUCUCGAGUUUAUUGGACUCGUUGGACUCUACGACCCUCCUCGUGUCGAAACUCCUGGCGCAGUUAGGAAGUGUCAUAUGGCCGGUAUUACUGUCCACAUGCUUACAGGCGACCACAUCAAGACAGCCACAGCUAUCGCCUAUGAAGUUGGCAUUCUUGGGAAUAUAAUACCGUCCGCUCAGGCGAGCACUGUAGUCAUGGGUGCAGAGCAGUUUGACAAGCUCUCCGACGAGGAGAUCGAUGCUAUUGAAGCGCUACCGCUCGUGAUCGCAAGGUGUAGCCCAACAACCAAAGUUCGCAUGGUCGAGGCGAUGCAUCGAAGACAUGCGUUCUGCGUCAUGACUGGUGAUGGCGUAAAUGAUUCGCCGGCCCUCAAGCAUGCUGACGUUGGUAUUGCUAUGGGCAAAAAUGGAAGCGAUGUGGCCAAAGAGGCUGCCGACAUGGUUCUCACGGAUGAUGAUUUUGCAUCUGUCGUGAAAGCCGUAGAAGAGGGGCGUCGCUUAUUCGACAAUAUUCAGAAGUUCCUUAUGCACUUACUGAUCUCCAACAUUGCCCAAGUAAUAUUACUCUUAUUGGCGUUGACUUUCAAAGACGCGGAUGAGAACUCCGUUUUCCCGCUUUCCCCCAUACAGAUAUUGUGGGUGAACUUAAUCACCUCAUCUUUCCUCGCCUUGGGGUUGGGCCUGGAAGAAAGCCAACCAGAUAUCAUGUAUCGACCUCCUCAUAACUUACGCGUCGGAGUUUUCACACGCGAACUAAUCAUGGAUAAAAUGAUCUACGGCACAUUCAUGGGAUCCCUUUGCCUCCUAACAUUCGUAGCAGUCGUGUAUGGUGCUGGGAGCGGCAAUCUUGGAGAUAACUGCAACCAGGGAUGGAACCCGAAGUGCAACGUUGUGUUCCGCGCCCGUGCCACCACUUAUGCAACCAUUACGUUCCUCCUCCUUGUCACCGCCUGGGAAGUCAAGCACUUCACCCGCUCUCUGUUCAAUCUCGAUCCCGCCCGCUAUUCUGGCCCUUUUUCCAUCUUCCCUGUCCUGUGGCGGAACCGGUUCCUCUUCUGGGCUGUCUGCGCCGGCGUUGUCAUUGUGUUCCCUGUUGUGUAUCUACCCGUGGUGAACAAGUCGGUCUUUAAACACUCGGGGAUCACAUGGGAAUGGGGCAUAGUGUUUGGCGCUGUGGCAGUGUACCUUGCAUUGGUAGAGAGCUGGAAGGCGAUCAAACGCGCUUUUGGCAUCGGGAGUGCGAGGGUCAAGGUGCUGACUAUGGAGGAGGCGGAGAUGAGAGUCGGGAUGUUCCCAAAUGGAACACCUACUCUGCCGCCUCGUGGUGAGACGGCGGAGAAGUAA